AUGAUAUCCUUAAAAUAUAUAAUAUCAACAUUAAAUAUCAUAAAAAAAAAGAAAUAUAAAAAUAAUUAUUCAUCUUUAUGUAGAAGAUAUAAUUGUUCUUUAAAAAAUUAUAUAAAUAUACAUACAUACAAAAAUGAAGAAGAAUGUUUAAAAGAUAUAAUAAAACUUCAUAAUGAAUUACAUGUUUUUCUAAAUUCUAAUUGCAAAUAUAAAAAUGAUAACCAAUCUAAUAACAACACAAUUAAUUCUGAUUUAUAUGUUUUAAAUAAGAUAAAUAAAGGAAUAAAUAAAGAAAUAUUUAGAAAAAAAUAUUUAAAUAAAUGUAACAUUUAUUUAAAUGAUAGUAAAAAUGAAAAUUAUGAAUUUGAUAAUAAAUUAUGUAAAUCAAUAAAUAAUGAGGAAAAUAAAAUAGAAAAGAAUAUAAAAGAAAAAAGUGAAUUGAUUACAAAAUUGAUGAAUGAAAUGAGUAUUGACCAGAUUUUUGUAUUAAGUAAAAAAGUUAUAAAUAAAGAUUUGUAUAAAUUAUUUUUAAUAAAAUAUUUUUUUUCUAAUAAAAAGAAAAUAAAUAACAUAAAUUCUAAUGAUCUAAUAUCUUUUUUUUUUUUAUGUUCCAUUUAUAUAUUUGAUAAAAAUAUUUAUUACAAUUUGUUUCAUUAUUUUAAAGAUACACCAUAUUUAUGUAAAGACAUCCUAAAAAUACUUCUUAACAUAAUUUACAAAAACAUAUAUAAUUUCAAAUCUAAUUGUAUAAAUGAAAUAGUUAUUAUAUUAUUUAAAUUGCAUAAAUUAGACUCGUUUAAUUUUUCAAUUGAUGAUAUUAACAAUUUUAUUAAAAAGUUAUCAUAUCUUCUUUUUAAAUUUAACAAUAAAAACAUAAUCAAUAAAAGUAAUAUAUUAAUGGAAGAAAAAGAAAAGGAAUUUGAUAAAAACAGUAUAUAUAUUAACACUGAUAAUAAAAGUAAUUAUGAAACAAAUAUAGUUUGUAAUAAUAUGAAUAAUAUAGAAAAUAUUAAUGAACUAGAAAAAAAAGAUACUAUAAUUUAUAAAGAAGAAAAUGUUUCAAAGAAAUUGCAGAAUAGUUGUUUCUAUUUUUCUGAUAUAACAAAAUUGCUCUAUGAGAUUAUAUCUUUUCAUAAGACUCUUUCAGUAAAUAAUAAAAUAAAUUAUGAAUGUUUAAAUGAGUAUUAUAUUAACAUAAUCAGUAAUAUUAUUAUAUUUUCAAAAAAUGAAAUUAAUAAUGAUAAAAUAAAAGAUAACUAUUUUUGGAAAUGUUCUAUAUCCUUACUCUAUAGUUUAACAAUCUUAUAUGACAAAAAAUUUCAUGAUGAUUUUAUUGAUAUUUUUGAAAAUUGCAUAAAAUUAUUUUUUCGUUUUUUUUAUUACGAUUCAGAAAAAAUUAAAGUUAUGAAUUAUUAUGAAAUAAAAGAAUUUUUAAGUAGAGAUUUUCAUAAUAUGAAUAAUAUAGAGAAAAAUAGUUACAAUAAUUCUAUCGAUAUUUUAAAAAUAAGAAAAUAUAUGUAUGAUUCAAUUAAAUAUAUAAAAAAUUAUAACGAUUUAAAUAUUUCUUUUGUAUUAAUUUCUGAUAAUGACAUAAAAGAAAAAAAUACAUUUUUGCUGGAAGAAAUUAUUAAAUUUCUUCAUUCUCUUGCCUUUUAUGAAAAAAAAAAAAAUGGUCUCAAUGAAAAAAGAAAUAAUGAUAUAAGAAAAAUUAUAUUAUACAUGUUACCAAAUGUAAAUAGUUUAAUUGAAAAAUUCAUAUUUCAAAUAUUACAUGACAUUAAAACAAAGAGAUUAGAUAUAAAUGAAAAUAGGCAUAUAUCACAUGAGAGUAACAGAAAAGAAGAAUGUAAUAAUAAAAAUAUAUUAAUAGAAAAUAAUAUGUAUGAAAAUAACUUAAAUGAAAAUAAUGUACAUUUAGAAGAAGAUAAUUCAAAAAUUGCUACUUUGAAUUGUAAAGAUAAAAAUAGUAUUAAUGAUUUAUUAAAAUAUUUAAGUCAUUUUUUGAAUAUAUGUUAUGAAUAUAGAAUAAAGGAUAUGAAUCUUUUUUAUACAAUAACAUUUUUAGUUGCAAAAUAUAAAAACAUUGAUUUAAUUGUUUUAAGUAAUAUUUUAAAUAUUUUUUCGAAAUUAAAUUAUUGCUUUCCUACUUAUUUCAUUUGUUUUUAUUUUACAAAUUAUGUAAGAAAAAUAAAAUUUAAUGAAGAUUUUUUACGAACAAAUUUUUUCCCUAUAAAAGAAAUGAAUCAAAAAGUUUUAUUAAAAAAAAAAAAAAAAAACGAAACAAAUAUACUUUCUAAUGAAGAGAUGGAAAUUAUGAAUUUAUCAAAAAAUGAAAAUCUUCCCCAAGUAAACCAAAAAAAUAUUUGUAUUAUUUCUUAUAUAUGGAAAAAAUUUUUAAAAAAUAUAAAAGAAAAUGUUAACGAUGAAAAAAGAUUAAAUGAUUUACUUCCUGUAAAUAUUACUAAAUUAAUAAAUGGUCUAAUUUAUUAUAAAAGUUUAGAUAAAAAAUUAAUUGAAAUUAUUAUGAAGAUAAUUUUAAGACAUUAUAAUUCAAAAGAAUUAGUAAAAAAGAAAGGAAAAAAUGAAAAAGAGAGUUUUAAUUUAAUAUGCUUAAGCUCACUUCUUAACUAUAUGAGUUUUACAGAUGAUAUUCAAUGCUAUAAUAUAAAAGUAAAAUUAAUAAAAUUAAUAAAAAAUAAAAUAUUAAAAGAUAAAAAUUCUUUUGAUGGUAGAUUACUAUGUGGUAUUUAUAUUAGUUAUGCAAGAUUAAAUAUUUUUGAUAAAACACUAUUUUAUACCAUUUAUAAAAGAUUAGAUUUAAAAAAAUUAAAUAUCAUGAAUAUUAUAAGCAUAAUUUCAUAUUUAAACAAAAUGAGUAUCUAUGAUAAAGAAGUUUUAUGCGAUUGUUUUAAUUAUAUAUUUAACAAUAUAAAAAAUUCAUUAAAAUCACAUUUGUCUUUUCUUAUUCACGUAUUAUUUAUUUUAACAUCUAUUUGUCAAUUAUAUUUGUUUAAUAAAUUUUAUAUUAUAUUAUCAUAUAUAUUUCAAAUUAUUUAUUACAUAUAUGAAUUUUAUAAAAAGAGGAAUUUUAACAGAAAAAUAUUAUCUUAUAAUUUUUAUUCUAUGUUGCUGAUAAGUUUACAUACUCUCUAUCAUUUUUUUUUAGUUCUAGAAAAUAUGAAUUUAUUAAAUUCAAUUAGUAUAAGAUAUCUAUAUUUUAUUAAUUAUAUAUUAGAUCAAAUAUAUGAUGAUGAUCAAGUAACAACUACCCAAUCGCAAAUUCAAAAAAAUGUUUUAAAUAUUUUACGUCAAAUUUUGGAUAAUCAAAAAAUAAAAAUAUCAUAUGAAUACAAUUUAAAAAAUACUCCAUAUCACAUUGACAUGUUAUUACUAAUUAAAUGA